CCACCCCCCACCCAGAACAAAACGAAAGAAGGGAAGCAAAACAUUCAUACUCACGACCGACAGCACGAGGUUCGUCUGAAGUCAUCUCUAGCAAGGCAUCUUCUAGUUACACACAACACUAACAGCUAGAUUUCUUCGUGGGAUCUCAAUAAAUCCAGUAUGUUUGGAGCAGUGGUGGUUGGCGUUGGUAUAGCUGGUUGGGUGAGGAUCAGAGACAUGUUGGCUCCACUGCCUGGCAGUCCUGCAGAGAAACUUACUGUCAGAGGAUUUGUAUCCAGCAGGAGAAACCUGGACCCUCAGCAGGGAGUGUGUCAGAUAACAGUGGAAGAGGCUGUGAGCAGAGAAGACAUUGAUGUUGCAUUCAUCUGUACUGAGAAUGUGUCGCAUGAGGACAGUGUCAGAACUUUUCUGCAGGCAGGGAAACAUGUCUGUGUUGAGUAUCCCAUGACCAUGAACUACAGUGCUGCCGUGGAGCUCUGGAAUCUUGCCCAGGAAAAAGGACUGAUUCUCCAUGAGGAACACAUCGAGCUCCUGACAGAAGAAUACUUAGAACUGAAGAGAGAGGUAGAGGGAAAAGCCCUGCUGGAAGGGACCAUUCAUUUUACAGGUGGAGCUCUGAAGCCUGGAUUUGGUUUCCUGGCAUUCAGUGGCAUUGCUCGACUCACCUGGUUGGUUGAGUUGUUUGGUGAGCUGUCAGCAACUGCAGCAACCAUGGAAGAGGACCCUCAUAAUGACUAUAAAAAGAUGACUGCAAAGCUGAAAACUGUUGACAACAGACCUCUGACAUGGAUUGAGGAACGGGGACCAGACCUACCCAGAGGCAAGAACAUCAACUUCCACUUUGACUCUUGCACCUUGACCCAGAUCCCUCAUGCACCCAAAGGAGCUGUGGGUCUCUUCAAGCAGGACCUAAUCCACUUCUCUGCCAAGCUUGCAGGCCAAGUGAGCCCUGAGAAGCUCGACAGAGAGAAAACCAGGAUCCUACACUGUUUGAAACUGGCAGAGAGGAUACAACAACUUUGCCAAAUUUAAAUGUUUAUGUUAAAUCUUUCCAGUUUAUGAAAAUCUAUUAACCUUGAUGUUAUUCAAAAAUGAAUUUAUAUUUCUUUUUCAUCACCGUGCGCUUUAAAUAUUGUGUUAAUUGUUAUUGUUAUAGGGGUGGCACGGUCGUGCAGUGGUUAGCACUGUCGCCUCAUAGUAAA